AGUAAUUUAGCCAUAAGAAUAAAAGAAAAGUCUGGCUCGAUGGACUUGGCGUGCUCGAUACCAAACCCUUAUAAACGCCCAACUAAGAGAGAGGAAGAGGCAGAAGAGAACGGAGGGUGAAGAAAAAAAAAAAAAAAUAACAUAAAAUUAUAAAAAGGGAAAAAAAAUGAAAUAAGAAACGAAACCAAAACCUAGAAACCGGGAGGAAGAGAGGGGGAAAACCUAGGGCACGCACCUGAGGUGACGACGAAGGCAGCUUGAUGAGCGGCAUCGAUGGCAAGAUCGGGCGAUCCGGAGCGAGAGAUCUGGGGGACGUGGGAGGAGCUCCUCCUCUCCUGUGCGGUUAACCGCCAUGGCACCCGGAGCUGGGACUCUGUGGCCAUGGAGGUCCAGGCACGGAGCCCCUUCGCCCACGUCCUCACGCCACAGAGCUGCCGCCAGCGCUACCGCGACCUUCAACGCCGCUUCGCCGCCGGGAUCGACGGCCACGGCGGCGACGACGACGACGGCAGCGCCGCCACCGGUGGCGAUGACUCGGCGGCUGCGGAAGUCCCCUGGCUCGAGGAGCUCCGGAAGCUACGCGUGGCUGAGCUCCGGCGGGAGGUCGAACGAUACGAUCUUUCGAUCGGGUCGCUGCAAUUAAAGGUGAAAAAGCUCAAAGAAGAGCGCGAACGGAGCUUGCGGGAGACGGGAUCCGGCGAGCGAGAAGAUGAUCCGAAGGAUGACGAGACAAAAGAUAGUGGAUCACCGGCAUCUACGCCGGGGUCGUUGGCCGGAGAUUGGAUCUCCGGCGGAGAUCCCGGCAGGUCGUGCAACGAGUCCAACUCGACCGAUCCGAAGGAGGAGGAUGGGAAAGCCGGAGGGGAGGACGGGGAGCCGGAGGAGGAGCCGGGAUCCUGCGGAGGGGAGGCCGAUCCGGUGGCUGGUGGGGCCGAGAAGGCCUCCGGGGAGGGAUCCUACAACGGUAGCUCGGACACGAUAGCGAAGGGCGCGGCGGCGGCGGCGGCGGCCGACCUACCGCGGCAGCAGAGGGGGGAGUCAGGCGAGUCGGUGGCCGAGUCGAAGGGUGGCGAGGCGGAGGCUGAGGGUGAGAAAGAGAGCAGCGACGUCCAGAGCUCUGCCACCCUGUCGAGACGGCGGAAGGGGAGGCGGAGGAAGGCGACUUCCGGAAGUAGCGGCGGCGGCGGCGACGGGCAGGAGGCGGAUGAGGACUCCCUCAUCGCCAAGCGGAUCGCCGCUGAAUCACAGCCGUUGGUGUCCUUCCUCGAGAUUAUCCGGUCGAACAAGUACGGUUCCGUUUUCGAGCGCCGGCUCGAGAGCCAGGAAACCGGUCGAUAUCGGAGUGUAAUUCGUCAACACGUGGACCUGGAGAUGGUGCGAGCGAAGAUGGAGCGCGGAGGCGGAAGGGCGUAUACCAGCGUGGAGUUCUUCCGCGACCUGCUGCUCCUCUGCAACAAUGCCAUCGUCUUCUACCCCAAACACUCACCCGAAUCCACCGCGGCCGUUCAUCUCCGCCAGCUCGUCAAGGAGAUGGCCGCCACAACUCGGAAGCCAGAUCAACCGCCUUAUGCGGUGGAGUCCGCUCCGCCAUCGCUGCCGCCUCCUCAUGAGCCGAAGUUUAAAAAGGAUCCGGACCUGGCCGGCUCGUUAUUUGAGAAGUCCGCCUCCCCAACUCCCAUAAUCGCGUGCCGAAAGCGUAGCUCCAUCUCUACGAAGGUCAAGAAGGAGGAGAGGGACGAGAAGCCUGAUUCGGAUCGGAAGGAGCGGGAGAACGAAGAGCAGAACCUCAGCGCCAAGAAGAAUAAUAACAAAGAAAGAUCCGCGACAAGAGGCUUGAGGACGAAUAAGAACCGCGGCGGAAACAGAGCAGGAGGAGGAGGAGGUGCGGCCGCAGCGGCGAAGAGCCUGAACUCCGUUCCAACUCCAAGCCAUAAAUCCAAGCUUGUAGAGAUCACAGCGGCGGAGCAGGCAGUUAAGGCAGAUAAGAAGAGCGGCGGCGGGGCGGCCGCGGCCUCCAAGAGGAGCGCCGUGAGCUUCUUGAACCGGAUGAAGCGGAGCUCGCCCUCGCCCAACGGGACGUUGCUGGAGAAGCUGAAGGGAGCGUCCUCCGGUAGCAGUGGAAGGGCGGCAGAACAGAAGAAGGGUGUAAAAGUAGAUGGCCGGAAGGGCCAGAGCUCCCGCCAGGGAGGUGGCUCGAACCACUCGAAGAAAGCGCCUGAGCCGAGCGCUCCGGCGAAGAGGAGCGUAGGGAGACCGCCGAAGAGGGCGGCGGCUCCGCCUACCCCGCCGCCAGCGAAGAAGGCGAGGGAGGAGGUGGAGGCAGCGCCUGCCAAGCCUCCGCUGGCGUCUUCGAGGAAGCGGGGAAGGAAGUGAGGGCGGUUGGUCCGACUCUCGGUGUAAAUUAUGUACCCUUGUGGGGGCUUAGUUGUAGCAGUCUCAUGUUAUUAUUAUUUAUUUUUGGGCCUUUUCUGUGCGGCCUUUUCUUCUUCUUUCGGCUAAAUCUUUUAAAUCUUUCACAUACUUCAGUGGGAACGCGGUCAAUGGACAGCUAAAGGUGAUGCCAUUGGUGGGGUUUUCGUGAUCUUUGUUGGGUAUCAUGUCCAAAAGCACAAACCAUGAAGACUAUGGCUUGGGCUAAAACAUUAAGCUCAAAUUGCACCAUCGCAUAAUGUUUAUACAUGGACUUGCAAUUAGAUGAAGCUCGAAUUCUUCAACUAUUUUGACAGAUGACUGUAAUUUCCA